GCACAGGCAGAGGGAUUGUCCCUGGCAUUCGGACCACAUUGCCCCCAGGAGCUCCCUGCAGUGGCAAGGAAGGCUGUUCCCAGGGUCAGGAGCAGCACCCAAGGCUCAGGACACCAGGCACAGCUGGGUACUGGUGGUGUGUAACCAUUGGCACGCUGGUGCUGGUCUGUGCUUCGCUUUCCCCGUGGGUAACAGCUGUGCCAUCGUGGAAGUGGGUGAGAGUUCCCGUGUCCUGGGGCUGGGUGUAGAAGCAGGGCUGGGCUGAGGAGAUCUCCCCUGCCUCCAGGGCAGCAGCUCAGGCAGAGCCAGGCUGUGCCGGAGGGAAACAAGGAGGCAGAAGGGGGGUUUCUUCUCCUUUUUUUCGUCUUCAUUAUUUUGUUUAAUUUAUUAAUAACUUUUGCAUGAAAAAAAGCUAAAGUGUCGAAGUAUCUGUGCAGUUCUUCAACAUAUCUGCCAAACAUGAGAAUAGAACUGAAAGAAAUAAAAAGAAAGUUUGUCAAUGUAAACAUCUAGGCCCAUACCCAAAGCCCCUCUUAAGUCUGUCUAAUAUAAUCUAGUCUGUCACCUGCCAUCUACCAUCUCCAGUGAAGUGUCAAUGGAAGCAGGUCAGAAUGUUCCAGUCUGUGACAUCCCUCUCUGGCAAAGAGGCCUGGAUGUUUUCAGCCCCCUGGUCAAUGGGGACGAAGUUGGAGAGGUUCUCCGUUGUUUCCUUGUGCCAGGCACACUCCAGGAAAGCUGUGGCCAUGAGGGUUUCAUCCAAGCCUGGGUUGUUGUGGUUGGGUUUGGUGAGGACUCGUUCCUGUUCUUGGGGACAGUCCGUGUGCUGCCCUUGUCCCGCCCAGUCCAGGUGGGGUGUUAUGGGCUGGAUGGGAGGCGGGAGCUCCAGAUCCCCAAGGAUGGAGAAGUCUCCUUCGUCCAGGUGGUUGUUCAGGAGAGCUUCCCAGUCAGUGUCACCCUUCAGCUCGGUCAGGUCAUUCCGCUCCUCCUGGCUCCCGGAAGCAGAGCUGGGAAGCCGAGACGCCUUGGCCGUUGGCGUGGGCUGCUCGCGCUGCUGCCCCGCUUCCUUCUCCACGCCAUGCCAGUUCUGGCUGUUUUCAAACUCUUCAAACUCCUUCAGCAGCUGCUGCAGCUCCAUGCUGAUCUCGAGGUUGUUACGGGAGCUGCAGGCUGAGGCAGCUGGGCUGAUGACGUGCCAUGCCUCUUGCUGGGCUCUUUCGGGGGAGCCCGGCUGGAUCUGCACUGGUGACAUCCUCCACUCCUUGAAGGCCCUGCUCUUGAGCCGGUUGGCAUAUCUGGAGUGGAGCUUCCAAAAUGCGCCUCUCCCUGGUUCGCUCUUCUCCCGGGUCACCUUGAUGAAGCACUUGUUGAUGCAGAGGUUGUGCCGGAUGGAGCUCUAGGUCCAAAAGAGAAGAAAACCCAAGGCUGAAUGUUUGUCUGCUGGCGUGAGAGGGACCUACCUGUGUGGGGAGGCUGGUGCAAAAGCAGGUUUUCAGCAAGGCCCUUUGGGAAAAGAAAGCAGGAAUGGCAACACCAGGACAUCUCGGGCUACGUGCCCUCCAGAAAAUCCUCUGAAUGUGCCUGAAGUGCAGCAAAUAAUCAGAAAGGAAACUCAGCUGUUGGGUAAAUAACCCAGCAUUGGGCUCCCCAAAGCCAAGCCAAAGCAGCCAGCUCCUCCUCCCAAAGUGCUCACAUAGUUCCCCUGGCACAGGAGAGGCUGGGGAACCCAAGUGGCCCUGGAAAGGAGGAGGGACCGUCCGGGGUUCUCUUGCCUGUGAUGAGCUUCAGGAACCACUGGAGACCCAGCUGCCUGGGGAGAGGGUCUCAGCAGCUUUUCCCAGCGAUGGAGCCUCCUUGGCUGUCUGAGGGGCCAGGAGACCAGCCCUGUGCCCUGCUUGGAAAGCAGCAGCGCUUCAUCUGGGAAACUCCCCAGUGAGUGACUUGUCCAACAAACAGCAUCUCCAUGCCUCUCCUGUGCCUGGUCCUCAGCACCCAGGGAUACUCAGUGUGGUGACUUUUUGCACGUGUGCUCAGCCCUGAGGGACUCAGGACCCCACCAGCGUUCCAGAAAGGAUUUCUCCUUCCUUGGCCAGAUGGAGGAGGAGGCUGCGAGGAAGAGGAAGAUGCUGUGGGACAGCCAGGCAGGCCCUGAGCUGAGGACGGAGAGCAUGGAGGACAAAUCCCCCCGGCAGAACCUGGUGGGAGAGGCUGUUUUGAAGGGCUCCAGGGCACAGGAAGGCACUGGGGAGGAAAAGUCCCGGACAUUCCCCAGGAGGAGGGACUCUAAAGCCAGCCCAGGGUGCUUCGAGGAGGAAAGACUCACCCUGUGCUGGGAAGGCAGCCAGAGCUUGAGCCAGAGCUCUGACCUGGUGGUCCCUGAGCAGUUUCACACUCAGGAGAAGCCUUACAAGUGCUUGGAAUGUGGGAAGAGCUUCAGAUGGAACUCCCACCUCCUCACCCACCAGCGCAUCCACACUGGGGAACGGCCCUACAGGUGUGGGGAAUGUGGGAAGAGCUUCAGGCACAGCUCCCACCUCACCACCCAUCAGAAUUUCCACAGUGGGGACCGGCCCUACACAUGUGGGGAUUGUGGGAGAAGCUUCAGCCGGAACUCUGACCUGAUCUGCCACCAGAAGAUCCACACUGGGGAACGGCCCUACAAGUGCUUGGAAUGUGGGAAGAGCUUCAGCAAGAGCACUGCCCUCCUCACCCACCAGCACCUGCACACAGGGGAACAGCCCUACACGUGUGGGGAGUGUGGGAAGAGCUUCAGCCAGAGCUCCAACCUCAUCACCCACCAGCGUGUCCACACUGGAGAACGGCCCUACACGUGUGGGGAAUGUGGGAAAAGCUUCAGCCAGAGCUCCAGCCUGACCUGCCACCGAAAGAUCCACACUGGAGAACGGCCCUACAAGUGCUUGGAAUGUGGGAAAAGCUUCAGCAAGAGCUCCCACCUGAUUCGCCACCAGCAGAUCCACACGGGGGAACGGCCCUACAAGUGCUUGAAGUGUGGGAAGAGCUUCAACGUCAGCUCCAACCUGAUCCGCCACCAGCAGAUCCACAUCGGGCAACAGUCCUGAAAGUGGGGGGGAUGUGGGACAACCUUCAGUGCCAGCUGCACCUUCAUCACCCACCAGGAAUCCACACCAAGGAGAGGCCCUACACGUGUGGGGAGCAUGGGAGGAGCUUCAUCCACUGCUCCAACUCCAUCACCCAUCGGAGGAGCCUUGUUAGGAAGAGACCUGGUGCCCCACGUCCUGGGUGAUCCACGUUGGGCACAGCCCUAGUGAUCCGUGUUCCCAGUGAUCCGUGCUGGGCAGUGUACUGGGGUUUGGUAGCAGGGGGGACUCCAGGGGUGGGUUCUGUGAGCAGCUUCCAGAAGCUUCCCCCAUGUCUGGCAUCUGUUCUGACCCGUCCUGAAGGUGAGGGUGACCCAGGUUCUCAUUCAUCGAUCCCUUGGGGCAGAUUAGAGUGAAAGGACAGUAAAUGAUGGCUGUUUAUAAAUAUAUAUGUGUAGGGUUUAUUUUAGAACAGUUUGGUUGCCAUGUAAAGCAGGUUUGGAGCCAUUUUGGUUCUUAUCUCUA